UGCGCGGGGGGCAGCGGCCCGGCGCGGGUGCUGGGGCCGCGGCUGGAGGAUGGGGGCGGCCGGCGGCGCGGGCUGCUGAGCGGCGCGGAGCCUCCCUGCCGCCUCCCCCGGCCCGGCCCGGCCCGCCCGGCCAGCGCCGCGCUCCCCGCCAGCAUGAACCGGCUCGGCUCCGGCACCGUGGGCAGCGCCACCGCCGCCUCUGCCGCCGGCCAGUACCGGGUGUGCGGCAAUUGCCGGAAGGUGCCGAGACAGUCCCCUGGAGCGCUGCCGCGGCGAAACCAGCUCGGGUCACUCCUCCAUUAAUCCUGCGAGCACAGCUAGGCCGAGAAGAUGGGUCUUUGAAGGAAAAAAGAGUACAAGUCUCCCCGCCGUUGACAAGAGGACCAAGUGCCUUUAUACCAGAGAACGAAGUUAUGCAAGCAAAUGGUUUGGAUGAACGUACCAAUCUUCUUGUGGAAGAAUACUCCACGUCUGGUCGCCUGGACAACAUCACGCAGGUCAUGAGUAUCCAUACGCAGUACCUGGAGUCUUUCCUCCGCAGCCAGUUCUAUAUGUUGCGCAUGGACGGGCCCCUUCCUUUGCCCUAUAGGCACUACAUUGCUAUAAUGGCUGCGGCCAGACAUCAGUGUUCCUACCUAAUAAACAUGCACGUUGAUGAGUUUUUGAAGACCGGCGGGAUUGCAGAGUGGCUGAACGGUUUAGAAUACAUUCCCCAAAGACUGAAAAAUCUGAACGAAAUAAACAAACUCCUUGCACACCGGCCCUGGCUGAUCACAAAAGAGCACAUUCAGAAACUUGUCAAGACUGGGGAAAAUAAUUGGUCUCUUCCUGAGCUGGUGCAUGCUGUUGUCCUGUUGGCACAUUAUCACGCCUUGGCGAGUUUUGUAUUUGGUAGCGGCAUUAAUCCCGAGAGAGAUCCAGACGCGUCUAACGGAGUCAGACUCAUCGCGGUCAACAACUUCUGCGUCUGCGAUCUUGCCAACGACAACAACAUAGAAAACGCGUCCCUGACAAGUAGCAACUUUGGGAAUGUCAUGGUGUUUUUGCAGAUUGCAGAGUCUUUAAGUGAGCUGGAGGCCUUAAUGGAAAGGAUGAAGAGGCUACAAGAAGAUAAAGAGGACGAAGAAGCCUCUCAGGAAGAAAUGGCAACUCGCUUUGAAAAGGAGAAGAAGGAGAGUCUGCUAGUAAUUAAUGGAGCAUUUGAUGAUGAAAUAGUUUCUACAGAUGUCUCCCGCUAUAUUGAAGAUCCUGGGUUUGGGUACAAAGACUUUGCAAGGCGAGGAGAAGACCAUCUGCCAACAUUCAGAGCUCAGGACUAUACUUGGGAAAAUCAUGGCUUUUCCCUUGUAAACAGGCUUUAUUCUGAUAUUGGGCAUCUCCUUGAUGAGAAGUUUCGGAUGGUAUAUAACCUCACAUAUAACACUAUGGCAACCCAUGAAGAUGUUGAUACAACUACUCUAAGAAGAGCUUUAUUUAACUAUGUCCACUGUAUGUAUGGAAUCAGGUAUGAUGACUAUGAUUAUGGAGAAGUUAAUCAGUUACUUGAACGCAGCCUGAAGGUUUACAUAAAGACAGUGACCUGCUACCCAGAGAGAACUACCAAGCGCAUGUACGAUAGUUACUGGCGUCAGUUCAAGCACUCGGAGAAGGUUCACGUCAAUCUACUUCUAAUGGAAGCUCGUAUGCAAGCCGAACUUCUGUACGCCCUUCGUGCCAUAACUCGUCACUUAACCUGAAGCGUUCGCUGCACGGGAGUAAAGGAGUUUUUACUGAGUACGUAAAGACCUUUCGAAAUAGAUACACACCAGAAGCUGUUUGUGAUGUAGCAUCAGGUUAUUCAAUUCUCUAGUGUCAAAGUUUAGCCGUGCUUCUUGGCGGCUGUAAUGUGCAAUGACGUGUUUUAUUUUCUUGAUGCUUAACAUUACUAAUGAUAACAAAAGUAACACUGAGGAGCACUACUCUGCAUUGUGUCCGGCUGGAUUUCUGCGCAGUGGUCAGGAUCCUGAAACUGUUUUUAUUAUAUCCAAUCCUAGCGCUUUGUUCUUUAAGCACCGGAGUGAAGUGCUUAGAGACUACUUUUUCCAAGCAAUCAUUUUUCAGAUUAGUGGAGUCCAGCAGAAGCUCAGUUCUUCCUGUCCUGAGAACGUCCCACCGUGUCGUGACUCGCGGCAGAGACGCGCGGGCUGCGUUGCGUGGAAUUGCCCACUGGAUUCUUCUGUGUCUCCUGGAGGCUGCUCGUCAGUCACUGUCUUACUACAGCAACUGAAGGUGAUGCGAGAUGUGGAUGCAAACAUUGAGCACACUUUAAUGUGAAAUUAAUCACGAUAAAUCCUACAGCAUGCUACUGAAGUGCGAAAUCCGUCUGCUUUGUCCUGCCCCUUCCCCAGAGAAGAGGCCUCACCGUUUGCCAUUUCAGCCACGCUUACUGUGUUUCAAUCAUGCAUAAUCUUGUUUUACUGACCGUCACCCUCGGUUGUCCUUACAGAAUCCAUGCUCAUCACAUGCUGCAAUUUGUUUAGUUGGCACCUAUAAAGUUGAUACACAGGCUGACCAAAAAAUAGGGUUGUGGGGUUUUUUGCACUCUCUUCUUUCUCAAUACUUUAACUAAGGAAAGUAAAGGAAGGCUAGCAUAUCUGUUCUUUCAUAUUGGAUGUAUAGAAAUUUAUUUCCCAUACCUUUCUCGUAGCAUGAAAUUUUAAUAUUCAAAGUUUUGAAAGUUUCUAUGCAUUAGUGUGAGUGAACAAAAGAAAAGUGCAAUAUUUAAAAGGAAAGCAAGCUUUUUUCCCUGUCAUGCCACUGCUAAAGUGUCCUUCUUAUAUAGCCAUAAAGAAAUUUUAGAACCAAAUUUCUUUAUUGUCUAAGGCCUAGCAGUUUCGUUUUAGCUUUUCCGGCUUAAGACAACCUGAUACCGAGAUGCCAAAGCAUCCCCAAAACAAAGCAUUCUUGGACAACCGGUAGUAUUGGGGAAGGGAAGAAAGAAGUUGCCAAAAAUGUCACACUUUUGUGCUGUUUUCUGUUGCUUUUGACUAAUUUGUAAGAGCACAAAAUGUUGAUAUUUAUAGCUUUAUUUUAUAUUGCAUUUAAUGAACCAGUGAAGUGCCUAAAGAGAUGCUUAAACUUACCCGGUAGGAUGCAAGUUGUCACUGAUUCAGCUUUUGUCUGUUGGUUUGGACGUUUCAUAUUUCUUUGAGGAGGGUGACCUUUAUUUCUUGCAUACAUUCAAAACUAACUGGAUAGGUUUAUUUUUAAUGUUCCAUUGGCUUGUAGAAGUUAAUACAGGAAUCUUUUUUUCCAUCCGUGACUGCAGAAUAGUUUAAAAAAAUACCAUCAGUCAUAUUUUAACGCUUUUCAUUGACAAAAACGUGGACCAGUACGCUACUAAAGUUAGUUUUAUCUUUUUUGUCCCUGUUCUUGAUACUUUUCUAUGACUUCGCAUGUUGGUUUUUUCACUUUAUCUAUGUGUUCCAGAUCGGAAAGCUAAAUGAUUGUACACUUUGCUGCACUUUCAGACUGCAGGCUCUGCAUGUGAAAACCUUUUGAGGAAGAAAGCAGUAAUUAGGGUUUUUUUAAUGUAAUGUUGGCUAUUUAGAAAGAUACCCAAUAGACAGCAUCGGGCUCUCUGCCAGAGAGAGCAUUGGGUAAAACAUCAGAUUCAUUUAUCUCGUAUAGCUAACUGCAGAGAUUUACCAGAAGUGUUGGAAUGCUCGUGCGUAUGAACUUAGGUUAACUUUCUAAGGUGUUAUGAUCCUUUUUCCUCCCUCUUGUGACCGUAGUGGCCAUAGCUCAUGGCUUUUGUGCAUAAAACAGUUCUGCUGAGAGAAGUUUUCAUGCAAUACUUCUGCUUUUCUUCAAGUGAUGGGAACUGUACAGUACUACUUUAAAUUCCAUUGCUUUGAAAAGUCAAGAAGCACAGUUGAGCUCUGGAAAGGAGGCGAAACUAGAUUUGGGUAACUAAUAGGACGGCUUAGUUUCCCUUCAGAAAUGCGAAGACUCUUGGAGCAGGUUGAAUUUUACGUUUGGAAACAUGAGUGCCUUUACUUCUUUCCUCAUGAAAUAUACUUGCCAGCUCAAAUGCCUUCUGAGCAAAGUACAUGAGCAGAUUUGAAAUAUAGGAACCAUAAAUAGAUUGCUUCGUAAAAUUUGUAGUAAACCAGUGACUUCUCUUUUUUUUUUUAAGGUGCCAUAUCAAGUCACAUAUGGCCUGCGAGACAUUCCACUGUAGGAAAUGUCAUUGUACAACUAGUUUGCUAUUUCUCUUUGUUUUUAAUAUUAAAUGCAAACUUGAAACUUCUGGAAAUAUUUUCCAUGUGGCAUUUUUUUUCAAAGUAUUGCAUUUACAGUGUAACAGUUUAUAGACUAGUUUUUAUACUCAAAUUUAUGAUUUUUAAUAGAUGUUUGUUCAGAAUAGGUGUUUGAAGUCGGACAGCUCUACCACACACUUCACGCACGCUUUAGGCUCACACUCUGCCAAAUUUUAAUGUGUGAGUGUUCUUGGAUUUUUUGCAUUUUUAAAGCACUCAUGAAUGUGAAUCUUCACACCUCGUUCGUUAGUAUUAAGAGUACCGUAAUCAUUGGACGUGUAGAUACUCUCCCUCUGUGUUCCUUUGUUGGAAUUCAUCUUUACCAGCAUUAACGUUAGUCCACAAAGCCGCAGCCGUGACCAACACAAAACUGAAGCGUCCAGUCUCGAGCUGCUGAAGAGCGAGCCCGGGAGGCUCGGGUUGAGCAGCACGGGGAACGCUGGCGCUGCAGAACAGAGCUCCUGAGCAUGGACAGCUUCUUACCACUGCACGGUGGCUUCAAAGCGUGGGUUGCGAUCCAUUACAUUCUACAUUCUUGGUAAUGAAGAGAAGGGGAAAAGGUGCCGAUGGGAGAAGGCGUUUGCCUUUCCCAGAACGCUCUGCCUGCAGCCGAAUGGCCCAGGAGGGACAGAAACCCUUUCAAACCCGGGUAUGGUUUGUGCAGACAGCUACUAAAGCUGGUGUUGGGGUGUCCUGUGAGAAUCUCAGCGAGCUGUAGAUCCAUCUGUUUUCAUCAAGACUGAAGUGACACAUAUAUUCUUUGUCCUAAGGCCUUCCAUUAUAACGCAAAGGAUGUACUUUCAGCUUUAAGAGUGAAAGAAUUGCCACUAUCAGCUCUUCCCACGUAUUAAAAAAUCUUUAGGACAGGAAGAUCAGUGAUUGUAAACAAUUACAAAUGUAGGUCUCUCUAUAGAUUUAGAACAGAACAAAAAGGAAAACGUUUUGCUUCUCUUUUACUGAGUGCAGAAGGUCAAAGCACCAGACUCUUCAAAAGUAUUUGUGUUUGUAGUCAUGCCGGUAGAUGUUCUUAUGGUAUUUGGAAAAAGCAGCCAGUCUCCUAAAUUUCAGUAGCAAUUUAAGCACCUCAGCACUUAACAAAAUCCCACAGGGUGCCCACUUGCAUUUUUGAGUCAGAUUUUUAAAGAUACUUAGUCACCUAAAUUCAAUAGAAUAAAAUCAGUUUCCAUGGAGAUUAAAGGAAUAAUGUGUAUCAGAUCCAUGUGAUUUGCAGCAAUUGUUAAUGAAAUAGGUUGUUUUGGGGACUUAAUAUAGGCUUAAAGGAAUCCUUCCAAAAGCAGUUAAACCGUGAGCUGCUGCUCUUGCAGAGCAGGUUCUCAAUGUUUCUCAUGCAUGUGUGUUUUCCAUGAACAUAGGCACACAUUUCAGGCUCAUUUUCCAGAGUUUGGACUCCGUUUUACAAGAGCUGGAUUAUUUAACCUCUGCUUGCAGAAAGGAUUUAUUGGCGAAAGCAAAGGGAUAGCUUGUGCCCGGACUUCAAAGUUUUAGCCAGAGGAAAUACUCCAAAUCUUCUUGAUUUCAAGUGAUGUUCUUUCAGUUACUUUCCUUAGAAGUUUGGUUCCUUCUGCCGUAAAUACGGGGUGAUGUUGCACAAAAUUGAGGGAGAAGGGAGUGGAUUCAUUGUAAAUGGACUUUCCCAGAGUUGGUCUGAAUAUAAAGCUGUAAGAAUUGGUUUGUUGUGAGGUAUCAUUCCAAGAGCUGGACAAAAAUGUCAGUUUUCACCAUCUGAACUUCAGAUUUAUUCUCCCUAAUGUCCCCUAGCCCUGUAUUUCUCUGAAGAGGUGCAUCCACCAGCUUUUCCACAUUUGGGAAUUGUAAAUGAACAUUUUUAUCUCAAAAUGAAAGCGAAUUUAGCAUUUCGUAGGUCGCGGGUGUGGGAGACGGAGAGAGCACAGUAGUACGAGGAAACUUUUGGAGCCUCUUGAUCAGUGUUAAUUUAUCCCUUAGAGCACAUUUCCUGGUCAUGCUGCUGCUCCCCCAACACACGUCAUGUCUCUCUUUAAUUUUGUUAAUCCUUCUGCUGCUCACCAGGGGGGCAAGAAUUGUCAUUUUCCAAGCUGCCGCCACCACCCCCCUGCAUCAAGUGCUUCCGAUCUUGCCAGCUCACAACCCCGAGCAGUCUCACAGGGGUGACCCCCUUGCCUAAAACAAUGCUGGGUUUCUGUAUCCCUGCUUGCUGUUGAGUUCAGAGGGUCUUUCUCGUGCUCAGAAACACUUAAUUGCCAUAUUGUGUUAUUUCUGGACAGGAAAAUUCUAAAUCUGGAUUGAAAGGACAACACUCGGUACUUGCUUACAACAUUUAGGUAGCGUUUGCCAGUAGCAUGUCAGAUCCCAUCUCUGCAGUUACAGUGAUAAUCCAGUGGAACUAUUAAGGAAAUGCUUUUUUGGGGGAAAACUCCCCGUGCUGGAGCCGUUCAGUCGUGCAGGUUUCUUUGAGGGACAAUCUGGGGGGACUGAGGUCCUCUUGGGCUUAUGGGGCCAUUGGGUCGGCAGCUCCUCAGGUGCCUCACAGCCGGGCAGGCCGCGACCUCUGGAACAAGGAGAUUUGGGUUUUUUUGCUUAUCUAGGGGCUAAAUCCAAAUGCAAAUUGAGUGGCUGCUGGAGAUGGAGUGGGGUUGGGUGCUCCUGUGGGUGCGGGGUAUCAUCAGGGCUGGUGGAAAACGCUGCGUGUGUUCCUGACAGUAGUUAGAGGUGGUAUUUAAGCUGCCGAUGAAUACACUAAUUGUGAGGAGCACACUGUGCUUUCAGGAGGUACAGACCACGGGCACUCUCGAGGGGACACAACCAGCGCGGGGGGAGAUGACAUGGUGGUCAGUUGAAGCUUCACGGGUGUAUUCCAGGAGUCCUUGUGUGUGUCUGUGCGUAGCGGAGGUGGUGGGAGAUGCCUCCUCCAGAGGUGGCUUCUGUAGGACAAGAGCUGGGACCCUUCCCUUGCUCCAUGGACCGUUCCCUUCUGCUCGAGAAAAACAUCCCACUGUUGAAUUCCAUUUCCUUGCCCCCAUCAGCCCUUUGAAGGGAGCGUUCAGACAAACUGCGUGAAUCACCACGCACUGUGUCUCCAGCUGAGGGGUCUGCAGGACAGUGACAGCAGCAGGUCCAAACACACAUGGUCCAAAACUGUCUCUCAUUCCCCACUUCACGCUUAUGUUGUGCCACCAGAUCCAAACCUCCUCCCUCUGGCCGGGUGGCUGCGGGUGCAGCCGGCUCGGGGUGGUGGGAGAUGCGGCCGCUUUCAGGGGAAAGAUAACAAUAACCAGGCUACAGCCCUUGGAGUCUGCGAGGCGACACAGCCAGAAAUCUUUUCACGGCUGUGACUGGAACUGGAUAUAAACUGUAGCUUAAAAAAAACAGGAAUUUUGUAAACUUGAAAUCUCUCGGUUUUACCCUUUUCUCCUUUUGCUGGAAAGCCACACAAUGAAUGUAUAUGCUUUGUCUUUCUAUCUGACAUAACUGAAAAUCAGACUGCCAACUCCUUGUUUUCUAUUAGCCUUUUUUUUUAAGGAAAAAAAAGAGUUUGUGAGCAAUAUAUGUAGCAUGCUGUGAACGUCUGUUUUGAUCUUUAUAGUUACUCUUUAAUCCAUCAGUAUUAACGCCAGUUCUUUUUUGUGUUCCCCUUGGUACUUCGUAUGCGGUGUAAGCAGAAGCUGUGAUGGCUUUGCAGUCCUGUGCCGUGUUACUGUAACUCCUUGAUUUUUUAGGAAGCACCUGACUGUGGGCGGCCCUGGGCAGGCAGCGUGCCCGGACACGACUGCCACUUUUUGGUCUCUUGUACUAUGUAUAGUUUUAAGUAGAAUAAGCUUUUUAACAGAAUAUUGAUGCGGUUUAUGAGUCACGCAGGCUGCAAGUGUCUGGUGCGUGAGAGUCUUUGUAUUUAUAGUUGUUGGGGGUUGUUUUUUGUUUUUGUUUUACUUCAUAAAGUAGCAAACUUGAUAAACAUAGCCACUUUAAACUGCUCUUGCUAACCAGACCCUGCUGUAGAUACAAAACCACUGCAGGGACAAGGCGGUGUGCCACAGACCCUCCCGACCGCGGGGAGCUGAGCCCUCUGCACAAACCACGCUCCGAACCACAUUUGGACCCAAAGGCGAGGAAGGCCGGGGAGCUCUGGCGUGCGUUUCAGCUCCCCGUGCCCAAAAGCCGGUUUCUCGUGCCCCCAUGGUCUGCUCACCACUGCAGGGGGCAACAUGAGCCUUGCUGGCACAGGAGGGAUGGACGGACUGAACGCGGGCACGGCGUUUCUGCAGCCACAAAGCUUCCAAGUCUCUCUCCAGUGCAAAAAGUAGCCUUUGACUUUUUGUCUGCAGAGCCUGGCGUGUCAGGGGCAAGCAGCGGCGCUGGCUGUUCACUGAGGGCUGUGGGUCUGAGCCCCCAUGCCUGCAGGCUGGGGUGGCAGUGCCGUUCCAUCGCAUCCCCCGCCUCGCACCCUCUACAUGGGGAAAAAACUUGUCCCCAGCCCCAGCUCGGCAGCUUGUCGCCUCCUCCUGCCGCAGCCACGCAGGCGUUCGGGAAGAGGAUUAAGGACAAAGCUGUAGUCCUGCAGCUCCCUCCCAGCACCACGAAGCGCAGCAGCAUGGUACCUCCCCAUGGUCCCUCCAGCAUCCCACGGUGGGGACACAUCUGUCCUGCCCCCGGGCCACCGCCUGCCCUGAGCUCUGCGGAGAUGCCACGGGCUCCCUGCUUGUCAGGCGCUUUGCCUGCAAGGUGAGGCAGCUGCCCGGAGCUCACUCUGGGUUUCCACAGCAACUUCUAUCAUUUCUUUCUUUCUGUUGUUGCUGGUUGGGUUUUUGGGGGGGGGUUUGGUUUGGUUUGGUUGGUUUUCAUUUUUGUUAUUUUGCAGAGGACAAGCUGACCUAGUGGGAUGGAUUUGGUUUUUUUUAGUGUGUGACUUUUCUUAGUUUUUAAGUUACCCGACUUGAAUUUACCUGAACAGAUGCAGAAGGAACUUUUUUUUUGUGAGUUAAGAGACAAAAAUGCAUUUUUAAACAAAGGAAUCAUGUAUUAACAUUUUAACAGCAAUUCAUAAAUCUGCACUUUUUAUGAGGUUUUGAAAAAUCUAUUUAUAGGUACGGAACAAUGGGGUUUGUUUAAAACUGUAUCGCAUUUAUACUUGCUGAAAUUACUUUCAUUGUUAUCAGUAGGAAUUUCAUUGGUUAAAUAAAAUGGAUAAAACCUG